ACCCCCACGACGAAUACCUUUUCCGCCCGUUGCUUGCGACCAUGGCAGACGAAAAACCCACCGAGUACGUCACGUUGGUAUCCAACGACGGCUACGAAUUCAAGCUGUUGCGUUCUGCAGCAUGCAUAGCAGGAACAAUCAAGAAGGCGCUGGACCCCAUGUCUGGCUUCCGAGAAAAUGCACAGAAUCGCGUAGAUCUACCGACCAUCAAUGGUGUUGUACUCGAGAAGGUCUGUGAGUACCUGUACUACAACCAGAAGCAUGCGGAGAGCAAAGACGUCUCGGAUAUGGACAUACCGCCUGAGCUGUGCUUGGAGCUGCUGAUUGCUGCUGAUUACCUCGAUGUAUGAAAUAUGGGACUAUCGUACACCGUCACUAGAACCAUUCACAAGCGCCAUGCUGUAAGAAUAUCUGCGCUCGAGCAUACGACUACCAUACUCGAAGACUACGUCAUCAGGUAGUAUGAUGAGGGAUGCUUAGCGGGCAGUCGAAGUCUCGCCAUACAUAGCGGCCUGCCAACAGAAGACUUCGGUGUCAACUCUGACGAAUGCCGAUAAAUUAAUUAAACUACAAUACUCUAUGUUUUCA